CACCACAAGGACGAACCAAGCAAUUAACUCUUAAAAAUAUGUCUAUACAGUGUACACACACAAAAAGUGUAAUCUCUCAUGGCUAUUGGUGUGAUCAAUUCCAACUAUUCGCAAAACAAGUCUUUUGCAAAUCGCUUUUGAAAUUAGGGAUUUUGCAGCAUUACAACAUCGUAAUCACAGUCUUCUUAAACAAUUAUCAACAGUUUAAUCUGUUAUCAGGGAUGAGGUGGAACAGAAUCGCAGAGUCCUCACAGGUUUUCGCAGCUUAUACUUCACUCUUCUGCUUCACACUCUUGCUCCUUCUCAAACUCGAUCACAUCCUAUCUUACUCUUGGCGGAUCGUAUUCUUCCCGCUUUUCUUAUUUCAUGUAGUUGUUGCCCGAAGCAGGUCUUCUUUACCUGGACCACUAGUUUCCUAUGGCUUUUAUAUGGCAUCGCUUCGUGUACCUAUGCUUAUUGUAUUUGAACUGCUUCUUUAUGCCUAUCUGGAGGGUGCAUAUGUAAGCUUGAAGAUUGUCUUUCUUCCAUUGUUGGCGUUUGAAGUAGCUAUUUUUGUUGACAAUUUCAGAAUGUGCACAGCUUUACUGCAAGAAUUUGAUGAAAUUUUGGUGGCACUUCCUCAUUUUUGGAUUGCUAUCUCAAUGGGAUUCUUUUUUGUUGGUACCGUGUUCACUAUUCGAAAGCUGUCUGCAGGUGACACAAGUUCUUUAAGCUGGUGGGACGUGUUCUUGUAUUUUGGAAUUGCAGAGUGCUUUGUGUUUCUUGUUUGUACAAAGUGGUGUAAUCCACUGACUCAUACAAACUCUCAAAUACGUGUAGGAAGCUCAUCGUCAAGGGCUAUUAGAUAUCUCGAUUGGAACAGUGAUAUAACGGAGUCCACCGAGGAUAUCUCCGAGAAUAGGUUGUGUGGUCUACAAGACACAGUUUGCGCUGUCAUGAAAAUUCUCAUCGUCGGUUUUCAAAUCCUCCUUUGUAUGCACUUGGAGGGUAAACCUGCUGCUGCUAGACUUGUCCCUCUUCCUGUUGUCUUCUCUCCCGUAUUGUUAGUGCAAGGAUUAGGAGUACUUUUUGCAACAUCUAAUUUGGUCGAGAAAAUUCUUCCUGGGGUCGGUACUAGAAUAUACUUUACAUAUGUUACUAGAGCUCGUGAUUCCCUUGGUUGUUUGCAACGUCGCUUCAGGCUGUUUGGUAGGUGGUCAACUGAGGUGCUUCGACGGUGGUCAACUAAGGUGCUUCGUCGGUGGUCAACUGAGGAAGGAAGCCGGGAAGAACAAACACGAAAUAACCACAAUGGGUCUUCUGGAUACAACACGUUUAGUGAUCCACCUGAAAUAGUGAAGACAUUGCCCAAGAAGGAUCUAACCGAUGAGGAUGAUAACUUAUGCAAGAUUUGCUUCGAUAGAGAAAAAAACAUGGUGUUACUCCCAUGUAGGCAUCAUAUCCUUUGCAGUACUUGCAGUCAGAAAUGUCAAAAAUGCCCUAUUUGCCGUGUUGUUAUUAAAGAACGCUUGGUCGUAUAUGAUGCAUAACUUAUAUCAACUAUUUUAGUGUUUAGUUCACCAGAAAAGCAUGUUUGGUUUGACCAUGUAAAAUCGCCAUUCGACAGGGUAAAUAUAUGUUGGUAACGUAUUGUUUGGUUAGUCUAUAGUAAAUGUUUGAUAUUCCGUUUAUGGAUAUUAUCUAUGUUUAUCGGUUUUGAAA